GGCAGAGAAGCACAGAGAGAGAGAGAAAGAGAGAGAGAGGGGGAAGCGUGUGUGUGCGUGUCUCACUGUGUGCGCGUGGAUUGCACCACCGCAUCCCGCUCACCGUUUCUGCAGGCGGCCGGGCUCUGAUGGAGAGAAUAAAACUGACGAGCUUUCUUUUCCCUCAGAUUUACCCACCACCGUGUCAUUCCAGAUGUGACUGACAAGUCGUUUUAUGUCGCCUGCGUUGAGUCCUGUGCUGUUCAUCUCGGAGAGACUGUGACACCAUGGCUCUGGUUAUGGAACCUAUAAGUAAAUGGACACCAAAGCAAGUGCUGGACUGGAUGAAAGGUCUGGAUGACUGUCUCCAGCAGUACGUGAAGAGUUUCGAGCGGGAGCAGAUGGGGGGAGAGCAGCUGCUGCACAUCACCCAUCAGGAGCUGGAGGAACUAGGCGUCACCAGAAUAGGACAUCAGGAGCUCAUCCUGGAAGCUGUCGACCUCCUGUGUGCCCUGAACUAUGGCCUAGAGACAGAGAACCUACGAACUUUGUCCCACAAGUUGAAUGCUUCAGCAAAGAACCUCCAAAACUUCAUCCUGGGUCGGCGGAGGGGUGGACACUAUGAUGGACGAGCUUCCCGGAGGCUACCCAAUGAUUUCCUCACCUCCGUGGUGGAUCUGAUCGGUGCAGCCAAGAACCUGCUAGCCUGGCUUGACAGGUCUCCUUUUGCCAGUGUGACAGAGUAUUCAUUACUGAAGAACAAUAUUGUGCAGCUCUGCCUAGAAUUAACUACCAUUGUACAACAGGAUUGCACUGUGUAUGAGACAGAGAAUAAGAUUCUCCAUGUGUGUAAGACCCUAGCAGGGAUAUGUGACCACAUCAUCUCUCUGUCGUCAGACUCUCUGGUCUCUCAGUCAGCCCAUCUAGAAGUGGUCCACCUUACCAGCAUCAUGCCCAGUGAAGGGCUGGGGAUGUAUAUCAAAUCAACGUACGACGGCCUCCAUGUAAUCACCGGAACCACAGAGAAUUCUCCAGCAGACCAGUGUAAGAAGAUCCAUGCAGGGGACGAGGUGAUCCAAGUCAACCACCAGACAGUGGUGGGCUGGCAGCUGAAGAACCUGGUCAACGCUCUGAGAGAGGACCCAUGCGGGGUCAUCCUAACGCUGAAGAAAAGGCCCCAGAACACCUUAAGCUCAACACCGGCUCUGCUCAGGAACGUCCGCUGGAAACCACUGGGCCUGCAGCCGAUACCCACCAGCCCAAUCAGCACCUCCCCUACACCCGGUGGAACUUUGGGCAUGUCCAAAAUGGAUGGCUCCAACAUGCAGGAUGUCUUUAUCCUCUCUCCUGUCUCUGGACUCUACAGCACCAGGGAGGAGCUGGGUCUGAUGUCAUGUGAUGACAUUGGUCGCUAUAGCGUGAGCUCCCAGUCUGGUUCCAAAGGUUCAGAGGCAGUGAGUUACUACCUAGAUCAGGACAGCGGUCAGUAUUUCUCUCUUCUGGAGGGAGAUGGGCCACCAGGACCUGACUACGACAGGGCGCGUAAUACAGGGGUUCGCCGACGGGACAAGACCCCCACUCAUGGUGACCUCAGACCUGUUUCCAUGCCUCCCGAAUAUAACUGGAUGGCCGAGGCCAAGGAACCCAGCAUGGGAAAGAGAGGGAGCCGAGAUUCAGACAAUUCCCUGCUGCGUUACCUUAGUGAUGACAAGAUCCUGGUGAUCGAGGAGGAACCCGAGGGUCCAGGCAGAGAGAGCCGGAGGGACUCCACCAGACGCUCUCGGCGCAAAAGCCGCAAUCCCAGCAGCCCUAGUUUUCCCAUCAGCCCCUCCAUGCUGUCCUCCACCUUGCGCUUAGACCAGCCACCUGAAGCUUUGCCUCGAGGUGCGGACACAAUGCGAGCAGAAACAACAGACAGGUACUCGGGCUCAGGAAGCUCAGGAGGAGCCUCCAUGAGAAAGUCUUUCCAUUACACCUCUCUAAGAACAAAAACCAAAAAGAGAAGUAAAGGUUCCCUCACCAGUGCAAGUCGAAGGAGAAUUUCCUGCAAGGACCUGGGCCACGGUGACUGCGAAGGCUGGCUGUGGAAGAAGAAGGAUGCUAAGGGCUACUUCACCCAGAAAUGGAGAAAGUACUGGUUUAUCCUCAAAGAGUCCUGCCUCUACUGGUACACCAACCAAAAUGAUGAGAAGGCUGAGGGCUUCAUCAGCCUCCCUGAGUUCAGAAUAGACCGAGCCAUAGAGUGCAGACGGAAAUUCGCCUUCAAAGCCUGUCAUCCCAAAAUCAAGAGCUUCUUCUUUGCCACAGAUUGUCUUGAGGAAAUGAACAGGUGGAUGAACCGGCUAGGGCUGGCUGCUAUUGGUUACACGCCAGAUGACAAGGUGCCACGCCCUGAUGAAGAUUACUGGAGCGAGAGUGAUCAAGAUGAGGUCGAUGGCUCGAUGACCCUCAAACAGGAGGGACCCUCAUCUCUCUGUGAUACUUAUCACCGCACACCAUCAACUAACCUUCUUCACAGUUAUGUCCAGUUACCCCGCUCAGUCAGCUCCAUGAGUCUCAUGCGCUCCACUCCCUCCCCACUCCCUCUACCAAUGAGUGCCUCCACCUCCCCUAUCCCUCCACAGAUGGUCUCUUCCACCUCCCCUCUCCCUCCCCAGGUCAAUUCUUCUAGUCCCUUCCCGGAGCCCAAGCAUGGCCGACACUUCUCCAGCGAGUCCACGCACUCCCACUCCUCAGCUGAGGACCAGCGUGGAGACGGCAUGGGCAUGGGCAUGGGCACGGGCACGGGCACGGGCACAGGCAGCACCAGUACACACUCAUCUGGCUGCCGCUCCUCCCAUCGUGAGCGCCGUUCCUGGCAGGACCUUAUUGAGACCCCUCUGACCAGCGCAGGGCUGCACUUCCUCCAGACAGCGCCAGGGGAUAGUGAUUACGGAGGCCUGAUGGGGAGCAUGGCUGGAGAGAUGGGGUUGUACGGAGGGCUGGGCAGACAGUGCAUGUCCCCGGAGAGACGCAGGCAGGCCACACUGCCCGUACGGAGACACCACGCCGCAGAGAGAGACAGAGAGCAGGAUGGGCCCUUCCCACUGGAGCGGGGGCCACACACACACAGCCACACACAUCGGCACUCCCACAAGCAGCGGAGCCAGAGUCUGCCCAGAAACAGGGACCCGAUACCAGGAAAGCUGUUAUACACCUCAGCUCAUAUGGAGGAGAGGAGCGAGGAUGAGGAGGUUGAAGGGCAGGCUGCAGAUAUCCUCGAGGGUGAGGAGGACUUGCGGGAGCUGAGACUUGAGAGCAGAGAGAGGAGGGUGUCGGACGGAAGGGAGCGACGAGUGUCAGAGGGCCGUGAACCGGAGCCGCUGGAUGGUCUAGAGCAGCUGUACCGGGCCCUGGAGCAAGCUAACGUGACGGCCUUAGGAGACCCAAAACCCUGUAGCAGGCAGGAGCUCCGACGCUGGUUCACCCAGAGAGCCAGAGACCCCCUGCUCAAUGACAGGCUGCACCGAGUCCGAGCCCUCCGCAGCACCUUGAAGGCCAAAGAGUCAGAGCUGGCAGUCAUCUGUGCCCUCCUGGAGGACCCUGGCCUGUGCUCCCAGACCUUCAGAGAGUGGAAGCAGUGGCACAGUGAACUCUACUCAGACAUCUGCCAGCUCAACCCCGGCACCAACGGCCAGGGUGACCUCUCCCCGCUGGCCGCACCUCUCAUGACCCACACACACUCCUUCAUUGAGACGCAUGUGUGAGAAAGUGAAGAGAAGCAAAGACUUCAUACACACAGAGCUUUACAUUAGCCAGAUCCUUUCUCCUGAUCAUGACUCUAAGCACGCACACACACAGACACACACACACACACACACACACACACUGUAAGAUGUGUAAAUAUCAUAGAGGGAACAGUCUGAGACCUGUGUGUAUGAACUUUUGAUAAUCAUGAGGACCCCACGGGGUGCCUAUUGCAUGCCUGAACAGAAAGCAUUAAUCUUCCUUUGUCUAUGGACCUCAGCAUAAACUCCAUGCGCUUGUUGAGCAAAAUGGAAAAAAAGGAGACUUUUUAACAUGUUUGUUCUUUUGUAUUCUCUUGGGUUUGCUUUUUUUUUCUUUUUCAGGUUGAUUUUAGGGGGCAGGGGGAGCUAUGUAGCAGCAAUACAGCGGAGAAUCCUUUUCACCACAGCACUGUACUUUUGUACUGAUGAACUUUGCACCCAGAGCCACCAGUCUCCCCCUUUCUCUCAAUUUUUUUCUCGCACUGCAUAUCUUGUUGAGUUACAGGGACCUCACUGUUAUUCCAGGCUGAUCUGACGGGACAGCAUGAUUAAAGUGAAUUCACUAUAAGGCUGUGAAAGGUACUGUAGCCAUCAGUCCUAUUUAUCUAUUUUACCUGAUGAAAACAAGCACUGCGAGCACUGAGGAACCAUUGUGCUCACUAGAUGCACACUAUUUCAAACUGUGAACUAUUUUACCUGCAGAAGAAGACUCCUCUGAUAGAAUGCAAUUCUACAACUCAGUUUGCAUUCUCUCACUCUGUGUUUCUCUCAUCUCCUCCUUUUCUUAAAUUUUCUUUUGGUUCUUCUCUCUCUCUAGUCCUCAAAGACUUGUGUAUAUGUGUAUACUGCUGUGUAUACUGAUGUAAAUGUUUGCGUUCCACUACCACUGUGAUAUGCUUCUAGAGGUAGCGGAGGGAAGACAGAGAGUGUGUACUUGUGUGGGUGCAAAACUAUUUCUUGUUUUCCUUUUUUGUUUCUUAAACAGUGAAUGCAAGAGCUAGAGAGUUCUUUUCAAAUGUCACUCACUAUGAAGAAUGCACUUUCUAUAUCUCUAUAUCUCAUUGGCUGCAUCACAGGGUCUAUGUUUCAUUGGCCUCUUUACCAUUGCUGUUCAAAAUAUCAGGUAAAAGCAUUUACCGUCUCAUUUUCUAAAGAUUUGUGUACAGUCUACAAAUACAGUAUAUUUAAACAUACAAGAAUAUAUAAAUCUAUUUACGUUUUGUGUCAUAGAUAUAAUGUAAAGUAUGAUGUAUUCUAUGCCAAGGUUUUGCAGUGUCCCCCUCUUCACUCUGUAGAUGCAGGGUGUUUAGCCGUUAAACAACUAGGAGGCAAACGACCACCAUCACUGACAGUUAACUGACAGUUUUUUACUGGUUUAUUAUGGCUGACCCUUCUCCUGGUGACAUGUUGCAUGAGAAAAGGCCUGGGACUGAUUUGAUUGGACAGGGUUACAUUUUGUGGAUCAUUUGUCGUGUUUUUUUUAAUCUUCUUCUCGUGAUUGCAAGACUUGUAGCGCACAGUACAUGCAAAAGUACUACUGAAGAAUUACUUUUUUUUAUAUAUGUUCAUAGGUUUGAAGUCUUAUUUUUUCAUUAGUGUUUUGAAGACACAUGCUGUACAACUGAGGGGAGGCUAUUAUGCUACUCGGUUACUCAAUCUAAUGCAGAGCCUUCUUUAACAUCCAACCAGGAAGUUCCAAUUAGAUCUGUCCUGAGAGGCAACAGUCCAGUUACUUCUUAAAUGAAAGCCUUUUUUUUGACAUUCCCUCCAAGCAUCUGGUUGACACUGGGCAGUCAAAGACCUCUGCACUAAAUGGUCUGUAAUGUCUGUGAAACCCGGCUGAAUCAUUUCAUCUGCAAUAUCAGGCCAAGAACUCAAUGGUGCCCCCCAAUGUCAAAGGCUCUGAGAGACAUGCGUAGCACCUGCUGUAUCCAGCACUAACUGUACUUGUUCUUCAUAUUUUCCUGUAGUUCUCUGAGAGUAGAUCCAGGUUUUUUAUCAUGUCACACUGUUAUGAAAUAUCAAACACACCCCAGAAAUAUAGCUUAUGUUUUCUCAAUGCUUAAUUUGAGAGUACCACAAAAAUAUUAAAUGAUGCAAGCACUUUUCCCUGUGCCUCCCAACCCUCUCUUUGGCAACGACAGACUGACUAUACUUGGUUCCUACACACACACAUCUGUAAAAGAGUUCCGAUACAGUUUUAGUCUGCAGACCUCUCUCUGUUGUUCAUCUGUAGUGUUGGUCUUCUUUUUCCAACUGCUGCUCUGACGAGCAGGUAAUAUACUGUAGAUUAAGGAGUUGUGAGAGUUAUGAUUUGUAGGCGCUGACUGUGUUAUCCCUCUCAGAUCUUUGUGUGUGUGUAGACCUGCAGAAACAGGCCGAAAAGGGAGAUUCCACUGUGUGUUCUUUCAGGGGUGUACACCUCAUGGUACAUUGCACAGGUGUGUAAGAUGUAAGUUGCACUGCGACAUUAAAAAAGGAACAUAUUGCUCUUUUUCAAGGAUGAUAUUAGCUUACUGUUAUUCUGUACAUUAAACUGACUAAAGAUGAUAUUAAAAAAGACAGAAAAUGACAUUUAUUCUUCCUAAAGUAGCCUUUUUUGGUUUCAUAUAUAUGAAUAUAUAUUCCAAAAAAUACAGAUUGUAAACUUAAGUUGUUAAACUUUGACUUCAAUA